AUGCUGACCUAUACCACUGCAGGCUGGCAUGCUCCAGUACUCGACCGGCCGACAGCCCAGCCAUGGCGACGGCUUUCCAUGCACCUACACUCUCAGCGUCGUCGAUCUGGGCUCGCGCUAAGUAGGAAAUACCCAUCUUAUCCGGAGGCAAAAGCGCGUGAAUGGGAAGUUGAUGAAUACAGACAACACACGGAUGAACCAAGCAAGAUGAAACAGAUGAUCAAUGCCAUAAGGACGGCACUGGGGUCAUUGGGUGAUGAUGAGACGUCAACCAAUGUUUCAGCCUACGACACGGCAUUGGUCGCCCUUGUCAAGAACCUUGACGGAGAUGAGAAACCGCAAUUCCCCUCAUGCAUCAACUGGAUUUUACAAAAUCAACUACCAGAUGGCUCGUGGGGUGACCCUGCUUUCUUUAUGGUCCAAGAUCGGAUGAUCAGCACCCUGGCAUGUGUAGUGGCAGUGAAGUCUUGGAACAUUGACAACGAUGACUUGUGUGACAAAGGUGUGUUAUUUAUCCAAGAAAACAUGAGCAGGUUGGUAGAACAAGAACAGGACUGGAUGCCAUGUGGCUUUGAGAUUAAGUUCCCAGCUAUCCUAGAGAAGGCCAAGGACCUGGAUCUGGACAUCCCUUAUAAUCACCCUGCUCUAGAAGAGAUACAUGCCAAGAGAAAUCUAAAGCUCUCUAAGAUACCUCUGGAUGUGCUACAUAACAUACCAACGACCCUACUUUACAGUGUGGAAGGAAUGGUAGACUUGCAAUUGGACUGGGAAAAGCUACUCAAGUUGCGGUGUCUGGACGGCUCAUUCCAUUCCUCGCCUGCUGCAACAGCUGCUGCCCUCAGUUACACCGGCGACAAAGAAUGCCUUGCGUUCCUAGACAGGCUCGUAAAAAAGUUCGAUGGGGGAGUGCCUUGUAUGCACUCCUUGGAUAUUUUUGAGCAGUUAUGGGUGGUUGAUCGGCUGAUGCGUCUAGGGAUAUCUAGCCAUUUCACAAGUGAAAUUGAGCAGUGGCUAGAUUUUAUUUACAGGCGUUGGACUCAAAAGGGACUGGCUCAUAACAGGCACUGCCCUACCCCGGAUAUUGAUGACACCGCCAUGGGUUUCCGUCUCCUCCGUCAGCAUGGCUACGAUGUCACUCCAUGCGUAUUCAAGCACUUUGAGGACAGGAAGAAUGGCAAGUUCUUCUGCUUCCCAUUGGAGACCAACAACGCAUCUGUCACCCCAAUGUACAACACUUACCGUGCUUCUCAGUUCAUGUUCCCAGGUGACGAUGAUGUCCUGUCACGAGCCGGGCGCUAUUGCCGUGCAUUCCUCCAAGAAAGACAAGCCUCGAACAAAUUGCAUGACAAGUGGGUCAUCACCAAGGACCUGCCGGGCGAGGUCGAGUACACACUGAACUUCCCCUGGAAAGCAAGUUUGCCACGAAUCGAAACAAGGAUGUAUCUGGAUCAGUAUGGAGGCAGCACGGACGUUUGGAUUGCCAACGUCCUCUACAGAAUGAAUCUUGUGAGCAACGACCUGUACCUUGAAUUGGCAAAAGCAGAUUUCAGAGAAUAUCAAAGACUCUUCCGACUUGAGUGGAAUGGCCUCAGAAAGUGGUAUUUCAGGAACCAUCUGCAGAGGUAUGGUGGGACGCCAAAGAGCGCGCUCAUGCCUUACUUCUUAGCUUCAGCAAACAUCUUUGAAUCUGACCGAGCAGCAGAGCAUCUAGCAUGGGCUCGUACGUGGGUGCUUGCCGAGGCAGUGACCUCUCGCUUGCGACAUACUGGGGGGACAAAGGACUCAACAAAGAAUCUUGAAGAGCUUAUCGACCUUGUUUCAUUCGACAAUGACUCUUCCAGCAGUCUUCGUGAUGCUUGGAAGCAGUGGCUCAUGGCAUGGACUGCAAAGGAGAGCCAUGGAUCAAUUGAAGGAGAUACAGCUGUGUUGUUGGUUCGAACAGUCGAGAUAUGCUCAGGAAGGCAUGUUUCAGCCGAGCCAAAGCUGAACCUUUGGGAGUAUUCCCAGCUCGAACAGCUCACCUCUUCCAUCUGCCGCAAGCUUGACACAAGAGUUCUUGCUCAGAAUGGGGAAAAUAUGGAGAAUACAGAGGACUUGGACUGGCAAGUGGACAUGGAGAUGCAAGAACUAUCUUGGAGAAUUCAUCAGGGUUGCCAUGGCAUCAACAGAGACACCAAGCAGACAUUUCUCCACGUGGUGAAAAGCUUCUACUACUCGGCUCAUUGCUCACCUGAAACAGUUGAUAGCCACAUAGCAAAGGUCGUCUUCCAGGAUGUGAUUUAAGAGGAUUCCCCUGCUGUCCUAUUUAUGUUCCUGUUAUUGCAAGAAAUAAAUUUGUGCAUGUGAAAAGAAAUGAGGCCCACUUGGAAUUUCGAUCAGAAUAGGGCAUUUCCAGAUUCUCUCGGCUGAACUUUGCUUUUUAGAGUUUGGCUUAUAAAAGCAUCUCUAGCAAAUGCCCUAGAAGUUAAUUUUGUUUUGAGGGAUUAAAGCCUAGCUAGCAGAUCCCUCAGAUCUAUUAAUCCCUAAAAAAUAUAUAGCUUUUCAUCCCCCAAAGCCGCAGCUUCUCAGUAUAGUCGGCCACCCAUGCAUUGUUCCUCGGCGCGUCAGUGCCGCCCCUGCCGUUGCCCCCAUCCAGACCCCUGCGCCGGAACUGUUCCACGCGACCAUCCCGCAGCCCCGCUGCCCUCUUCCGCCUUCUCCUCGCUCGCCGGUCAGGGUGGACACGGUCCGGGCCGGUCCGGUCCCGGUCCGAGCCGUCGUUUGGACCGGCCACCGGCGGUCCGGUCCGGACCGGACCGACCAGUGCGUCGGUCCUGAUUUCAGAGACCGGACCGGCGGACGUGAAGCUCGGUGCGGACCGACGGUCCUCACGGUCCCGGCGAUGUCGAGUCGCUGCCAUGUGGGCCCAGGAUGUCGGAGAGGUGGUCGGAGAAGAAGCACGGUGGCCGGAGCAGGAGAAGAUGCACCUGAUGUGCGGCUGCACGAGGAAGAGGCACGGGGGAGAGAGGGAGCGGCGCGGCCGCGCGGAGGAGCGGGGGAGCGGCUGCCCGAGUGAGCGGCGGCGUAACGCAUGAGGGAUAGGGGGUGAGGGAGAGAGGGACGGCGCGGCCGCGCAGGGGAGAGAGAGGGUGGUACUGUGGCGAGGUGGAAAACGUGCGCGAGAACCGGGGGC